CAAACAGAAAUCCCUCAAACUAACACCCACACAAAGAGACUCACACACCUUCCCCCUCUCCUUCCUCCUCUCCUCUCCUCCCUCACACAAACAUCACCCCCACCAUUUUUCCAGAGCUCACAAAACAAACCCAUCACCGCCGCCAUGCCAGAAGCUCCCAAACCCACCCAAACUAGCAAUGGCCUCACCACCAUCGCCAUUGCCGAGAAGAACAAACGAACCCUCCAGUUCAUCGAGGACGUCACCUCCAACCCCGACGACGUCCAGACCCAAGUCCUCCACGAAAUCCUCUCCCGCAACUCCGCCGUCGAGUACCUCCACCACCGCCACCGCCUCCACGGCGCCACCGACCGCCGCACCUUCAAGAAACUCCUCCCCGUCAUCUCCUACGAGGACAUCCACCCUGACAUCACCCGCAUCGCCAAUGGCGACACCUCCCCAAUCCUCUGCUCCUCACCCAUCUCCGAAUUCCUCACCAGCUCUGGCACUUCAGCAGGGGAGAGGAAAUUAAUGCCGACGAUUGCAGAGGAAAUGGAGAGGAGAUCGCUCCUCUACUCUUUAUUAAUGCCGGUGAUGUCCCAAUUCGUCCCCGGACUCGAAAAGGGGAAAGGGAUGUACUUCCUCUUCAUCAAAUCAGAAUCCAAAACCCCCGGCGGGUUACCCGCCCGACCCGUUUUAACCAGCUACUACAAAAGCUCCCACUUCAAGAACCGACCUUUCGACCCGUACACCAACUACACGAGCCCGAACGAGACCAUCCUCUGCCCCGAUUCGUACCAAUCCAUGUACUCCCAGCUCCUCUGCGGCCUCUGCCAGCGGACCCAGGUCCUCCGGGUCGGGGCCGUUUUCGCAUCGGGUUUCAUCCGGGCGAUACGGUUCCUCGAGAAGCACUGGCAGCUCCUCUGCCGCGACAUCCGGUCGGGUACCCUCGACCCGACCGUCAUCACCGACCCGGCCGUGAGAGAGGCCGUCCUCACCAAAGUCCUGCAUCGACCCGAUCCGGAGCUCGCAGAUUUCGUUGAAUCCGAAUGCAGGAAGGAUUCGUGGCAGGGGAUUAUAACCCGGCUCUGGCCCAAUACCAAAUACGUCGAUGUGAUUGUGACGGGGACAAUGUCGCAGUACAUUCCCACUCUGGAUUUCUACAGCAAUGGGUUGCCUCUGGUUUGCACCAUGUAUGCUUCUUCCGAAUGCUACUUCGGUGUCAAUCUGAACCCGCUCUGUAAACCCAGUGAGGUCGCUUACACGUUAAUCCCAACCAUGGCCUACUUCGAGUUCCUCCCCGUACACCGUAACAACAACAAUGGGGUGUCCAAUUCCAUCUCCAUGCCCAAAUCCCUCAACGAGAAGGAGCGGCAGGAGCUCGUCGACCUCGCGGAUGUCAAGCUCGGGCACGAGUACGAACUCGUAGUCACCACUUAUGCUGGACUGUACAGGUACAGAGUGGGGGAUGUGUUGAGAGUGGCAGGGUUCAAGAACAGGGCUCCCCAGUUCAACUUCAUAUGCAGGAAGAACGUGGUGCUGAGCAUCGAUUCGGACAAGACCGACGAGGUGGAGCUGCAGGGCGCGGUGAAGAACGCGGUCGACGCGCACCUGGUGGCGUUCGGAGGGAGCGUGGCGGAGUACACGAGCUACGCGGACACGAAGACGACGAUUCCGGGGCACUACGUGCUGUACUGGGAGCUGAGCGUGAAGGGGACGACGGCGAUCCCGCCGUCGGUGUACGAGGAUUGCUGCCUGACCGUGGAGGAGUCGCUGAACAGCGUGUACAGGCAGGGGAGGGUUUCGGACAAGUCAAUCGGACCGCUGGAGAUCAAGAUUGUGGAGCAGGGGACGUUCGACAAGCUGAUGGAUUACGCGAUCAGCUUGGGGGCGUCGAUUAAUCAGUACAAGACGCCGAGGUGCGUGAAGUUCGAGCCGAUCGUCGAGCUGCUGAAUUCGAGGGUGGAGGGUAGUUACUUCAGCCCCAAGUGUCCCAAAUGGGUUCCUGGCCACAAGCAGUGGAGCAAUAAUGUGAAGAACUAGAUUUGGUGCUCUGUUUUUUUUUUUGGGUUUUUUGUUUAGUGGAAGAAGGAAGGAAGAAAAGUAGGUUCUCUUUUGGAGAGAAAGGUCUGUCAUCAUUGUUGUUUAUGACCGGAGGUGCAUGGUGGUCUUACUCGUCGGCGGUGGUGGGGAAGGAUGAAGGAAUGUUGUUGGUUGCAGGAUCUCUGUUUCUUGUUAGGUUAAUAAUGACUUAACCCUCUUUUUUUUUCUUUUCUGGCUUACUGUUAGUUUUUGUACUUUGUUUUUUUUUUUUGGGGUAAUUGAAUCUGUUGGGACAGAGAGAGAUCUUUGAACUAGCAAUGUACAAAAGGCAAAACCAGUUCCCUGUUUCAACAAGGGCCUUCUUGUUUUGGAAUUAUGGUAGCAUAUCGAAAUGAGGAUGAUUCGACUAGGUUAAUACCGUCAAAUGUUUAGUUUCACUGUUUUCACGAUAGGAAAAAUUGAAAAAAAUAAUGAUAGCACAAAGGGUUUUCAGAG